UACUGUUGCAUUUGCCCUUGUGGCUAGUACUGGUGCACACUGGAAUUUUCGACCAUACCAACUAACUCUUCGACGGGAAACAAACCGUAGCUCAUGUGACAUCGUGUCUUUCGGCAAGACACAGUUGCACAAGAGUCUCAGCUUGCCAGCGACAUCAGGGCAGAUAAUCGGGCAGCACAAUAUUGUACCAUCUGCUGGAUCACUUGGCGAUGAAGAAAUAAUACGGUUUCUAUCAUAUAAUACCAACGAAUUAUGGCUUCGUGCGCAGAUGGAGUGUUCGAAUGACUUAUCGUUUGUUGGACAAAGUGGACUCAACUUGAAUGGAUUCGAGACGCAAGUCUCGUUUGAAGAUCAAGGGGUGUUGCAUGGUAUUCUAUUAGAUGUCCCCGUCCCGCCGCUAGAAGUCGUCAGUCUUUUGCAAUCUGGGCCGUCAGACAACCGUAUCGAUCUUGCUUUCUUCUCCGACGGGUAUACAAUGCGUGAAAGAGACAAGUUUCUUGAUGAUGCAAUGCGUCUGGUCACCGACUUGUCAGCAAAUCAGACGUUCGCUACCGUCAGGCCUCUGUUGAACUUCUGGGCGGUGUUCUCACCUAGUCAAGAAAGCGGCGUGGGUGUCAACGGGAAAGCUAAGAGGUGCUUAUCAUAUCCAUGGGCCUAUACGCAAACUAACUCCGAUGUUGCUUUAAUGACCUGCGCGUCUCUCGGAAAUAAAUGUAACUAUGCGAUUCUCCUUGGCAAUGAUCCAUUAUAUGGUGGACUUGGCGGAGAGUAUACGACAACCACCGCCUCCCUAGCAAACGGGGCGUUGGUCCUUCGACACGAGAUCGGCCACUCCAUCAUCGACGUAGGCGAAGAAUAUGAUGGAGGAUAUGCUUAUUUCGGUGUUAAUGCUGUUCACAAUCUCUCAGACAUGACGUGGACACACUGGCUCGAGCACCAGGAAGAUGAUGCAAACAUGUUCCGCGCAGAACGGUCCGUGAUGCCGAUGCAAGCGUAUCCAUGGACAUUGCUGAAUACAACUCAACCAUGGACGAUUUCUUUCUUGUCAUCAGGAAACUACGCACGUCAUCUGAUCAAAUUCUCGCUGUCCGGCCUCCCAGAUCGAGAUGACUUGGUUGUCCUAUUCGACAGGGUCGAUUUACGCUGGACCCCAAGAAAAGAUAUCGGCGUCGAUAGAUGGCACUAUGAUGUUUAUGAGGAUACGACGUUGAGCGCUGGCGUACACGAAAUCUCGUUUGUCUUAAAGAACAACGCUCUUGAAGGAAACGCGCAACUGUGCAGCGUAGAGGUAUUGGAAUAUGGGACAGAAGCUGAAUUCAAUGCGACGCUCGGUCACUAUAGCAUGUUCCCGACAUUCAGCAUGGAUAAUGAUACAUCUUAUCGUCCUACGAACGACGAUUGUCUCAUGCGCAGCGUCACCAAGCCCAACUUCUGCAAAGUGUGCUUGGAGGGCCUUUGGCUAUCGCUACUCAAACGUAUCGAUCUCAUCGACAACUUCAAGAUAAUGUGUGGGCGUGAUCGCCGCAGAACGUUCGAAGUUGAAGUUGAUCUGGUUCCGCUUGCUGAGUUUAGAGAACACUCUGUCUCCAGCGAGGAAAGCUAUAGCAUCGCCUGGUCGAAGGACGGGAAAGUCCUUCUCCAGUUUGCGAACAUGACACACGUAGACGUGAGUGAUGAAGUUGGGACAUACCAUGUAGAUGUUCGGUUCUCGACUGAGGAAGUGUGUGUAGAUGAGGAUGGACUACUUGGAGCUAGCAGAUCGUUUACUGUUACUGAGGCUUGUCCUUGAGUCGUUGUACAUGGCAAUAAAUUAUAGUACCACUGUCGAUAGCGUGAAUUGACUAUGUGCA